AAGAGAGAAAGAGAGAGAGAAAGAGAGAGAAAGAGAGAGAGAGAGAGAGAAAGAAAGAGAGAGAGAAAGAGAAAUCAAUUUAUCAAUCAAUCAAUCUGUGUUUUUCUGGCCUUACACACCCCGUCCUGUCACACAGCCCCAUCUCCUCCUGCUUCUCCCCAUAGAAGUAGCUCUUCCACAUUUUGGUAUUAAGUUCCCAUUUAAGGCAUCCAGUGACCCAAACAUGCUGCGAAGGAGGGGUCUUCCCAGCCAAGACCACCUGGAGGGACUGGGCUGGAGGUAUUGGUGGGAGGCAGUGCAGUGAGAGAUCCUGGCACUGAGGCUCUGUCUCGUAUCGGCCCCUUGGGGUCACCUGGUUUCAGUCACCCCAUGGUCACCCUCCGAGCGCUCGGCCUCCCUGGAGCCAUCCGUGCUCCUCAUCGCGGGAGGAAGGCUGGAUUUAAAAAGCCCAUAGGCUGGAAAAGCCAAGUGUGCUUCUCCAAGCUCCCAGCCAAGCCUUUCUGAUAACCACAGCCCGGGAGGGCUGUAAUUUCUUGGGUUUAUAUAUAGAGGAGACGAGGCCGUGCCACAGACAAGGACUAUAUAAAGGGGCCUCCCUGCCCCGCUGCCCCAGCCAGGCUGGUGGAGCAGAAGAGUCGUGGGGUGCCCCUCUCUGUGGCCAUGGACACCUCUUACCCGCGGGAGGACUACCUGCCCACGCCGUCCCACAAGCGGGACCCGUCUCCCGCCACCCUCGUCCCCCCAGCGCCCCGUGACCACCUCGUCUGGUCCAUCUUCAACACCAUCUACAUGAACUUCUGCUGUCUCGGCUUCGUGGCUCUCGCCUUCUCCGUCAAGGCGCGGGACCGGAAGGUGUGCGGGGACGUGGAAGCCGCUCGGCGCUUCAGCUCCAAGGCCAAGUGCUACAACGUGCUGGCCACGGCGGGGAGCGUGGUGCUGCCGCUGCUGCUGGCCGCCCUGGUCAUCACCGGCGUCCUCCACCUCUCCAAGCUGGCCCAGGAGUCCGUCGGCUUCUUCACCUACCAGUUCAGCCCCAGCGACGACGAGGACAAGUGACCGGUGGGUGAAGGGUGUGGAGAAACUCCUUCACAAGCUGGUGGCCCACCCAAAAAGACCACUGGUCCAGCAUCACCCAGCCACCACCCAUCUCUGCCACCCAGGGCCACGUCAGCAGGCUUUCGUGCCCACGGGGCUGGGGGGCGGGGGAGAGCAGCCCCACAGGCUUCUCUCCUCACCCUCUCCUGCCCAUCGUGCACCCCCAGCCCCACAGUGCCCGACCCCGGCUCCUGGCCACACUUCUUGGGGCAGAUCGGGUAUUUUUGUUUACCUUGUUUGUUUUUUUUACCUGCCUUUUAUCCUGUGUGGAGCACAGCUUCCCUCCAGCCUCGGUGAGCACUAUUUAAAUCAUUAAACCACUUCACACAUUGUGA